CAGGCAAUGUAUUAUGCUCACUGUGCAUGGUCGUGCUUGCUGGGUGUAUUUACUAACACAUCCUAUUUAAACUGAACACAAAAAGAAACAUUUGCCAAGGGAGCAAUGGCGUGCGGGCGAUGGAGGGCGUACCUGGUGGUUUUGGGAGGUCUGAUGGUUCAUCUCACCCUUGGCACCGUGUUUUCCUUCGGUAACUUGACACCGUACAUGACGUCAUACUUACGUAACAACACAACCAGCCUCGACAUCGACUACGGCGACAGUGUGUGGAUCUACGCCUGCUGCCUGAUGGGACAAGGAACAGCCAUCUUUCUUGGAGGAAUCAUCAGCCGAACCCUGGGCUUGAAACUCACCGUGCUGUUGGGGUCCUGGUUCAUGAGUGUUGGCGUCAUCCUCACGUACUUCACGGUGCAACAUUCCUACAUCGCCGUCAUCUUCACGUACGGCGUCAUGAACGGACUUGGAUGCGGAAUUGCCUAUUCGCUGCCAAUGGGAUGUGCCAUGAAGUGGAUGCCGGAACGGAAGGGUCUAGCUGGGGGUCUGGUGGUGGCAGGGUUUGGGGGAGGAGCGUUCAUCUUUAACCUGAUCCAGACAGCCUUCAUCAACCCAGACAAUCUGUCACCGGAUGUCAAGGUCAACGGCGAACACUACUUCAGUCAGCCGGAGCUGCUACAGAGGGUACCCUGGGUGUUCGUGCUGACAGGGGGAAUAUACGCCACCAUGCAGCUGGUGGGCGUCCUCCUCAUCGCUGACCCCCCGUCACAGGAGGGAGUCAAAACUUUGUCUGAUUCUGGACUCGACAACAGCAACAACGUCGCCAUGAGCGACAUCACAUCCAACAACGGCAACAAUGAUGACAGAGAUGUCACGACUGUGAAUAACAAAGAAGGAAGUAGUGUCGAUGACAGUCUGAGUCCCCUGCAGGUCUUGAAGACUCGGGCGUUCUACACUCUGUGGACGUGUUUCCUGCUCAACGGUCAGGGUGUGGUAUUCCUGUCGUCACUCUAUAAGGCUUACGGCCAAACAUUCAUCGAAAAUGAUGUGUUCCUGGCAGUGUCUGGAGCCUUCGCGGCGGUCUUCAACUUCUCAGGACGGAUGUUCUGGGGCUUCAUUGCAGACCGGUAUUCUUUCAAGAUUGCCAUGAUGUGUUUGUGCACGUCAUUCUUAUGCCUGAUCAUCACAUUCAACUCCACCCGUCUGGGAAAGGAGCCCAUGUACUUCAUCUACGUGUGUCUCCUUUUCGGGACAUUGGCGGGGAACUACUCCCUCUUUUCGGUCGCUGCGGCCAGAUCGUUCGGGGAGAAGCACUACCCCAUCAACUUUGGACUCAUCUUCACAUCUCAGACCAUCACAGCACCACUGGGGGCAGUCUUGGCGUCUCAGCUCAAGGCACAGAUUGGCUGGUUUGGAAUGUUUAGCUUGAUUGCAGCCUUUUCCUUCUUGAGUUUGCUUCUCAUCUCAACCUUCAAUGUCAAGAACAGUAAAGUCCAACAGAUAGUCACCUGCUCAACGAUGUAACUCUGGAACAAUAUUACUACGCGCCCAUCAUAUACUUGGAUCUGUGUCAGCAUGGACACGUGCACGUGCUGAGCCUGGUCUGUUUCUGUCAUGUACCACCUGGAUGGAAAGAUGGACAAUCUAACAGUCUCAUAAAUCAAGAUGUUUGGUGCACGGCUAUGACUAUGACAUUAUUUUUUUAUGAUUUAUGAGAUUUAUAAAAAUAGUUUGCCUUGUCGA